AUGAUCAACCGCAACUACAGCACCAAACCGAAACCGAUUGUACAGAAAAGUACGAGCAACGAUGAAAGCGAUGACUCGAACGAGGACACAUCGUCCGGGACGGCCGAAUCCGGCACCAGCUCCGAUUCCGAGUCCGAGAUGGACACGACCGAAACGUCCUUCUCGUCCAAGAGUACCACCGAGUGUGGUGGUGGUAAUGCGGGGGCACCCUGCAAGCAGCUCCAGCCUCAGCAGGGUUUGCUGCGGAUGAACAAUCGCAACUAUGCGGUGCUGUGCGGUGGAGAGACGGAUACGAAAAACUCCAAACACUUCUGCCAACAUCACCAUCAUCAUCACCAUCAUCACCACCAUGGGGAUGAGGAAAGCAAGAAGGAUGUGAACUGUUGUAGAAGUGCUCUCGACCAAAAUACGCGCCUUGUACAUAGACUCAAGAAAUCGAAGAAAACACUACCGAUCAGUAUUUGCAUACUUAACUGCCGCUACGACAUCAUCACUCGGGUCUGCAAACGGCUCGGCUAUCGGCUGGUGGGUGAGUCCGAUCUGUGGAACGUGUGCUGGACGGAUUCGUUCGUGGGGGUCGACUUCUGUCGCGAUAUGCGCCGCUUCCAGAAGGUGAACCAUUUCCCGGGUAUGUUCGAAAUUUGUCGUAAGGAUCUGUUGGCCCGCAACCUCAACCGGAUGCUAAAGUUGUUCCCGCUGGAUUAUCAAAUUUUCCCCAAAACGUGGUGCUUUCCGGCUGACUUGGGAGACGCCAUUUCCUACAGUCGGACGCACCGUAGCAAGACAUUUAUCCUGAAACCGGACCAGGGCUCGCAAGGGAAGGGUAUCUUUCUGACGAAAAAUCUGAAGGAAAUCAAUCCGAAGGAUCGCAUGAUCUGUCAGGUGUACAUUACGAAACCGCUGCUGAUCGAUGGGUACAAGUUUGAUCUGCGCGUGUACACGCUGAUCACCUCGACGGAUCCGCUGCGAAUCUUUGUGUAUAAUGAGGGCUUGGCAAGGUUUGCCACCAACAAGUACAAGGAACCGUGCGUCACGAAUGCAUCCAACACGUUCAUGCAUCUGACGAACUACUCCGUCAAUAAGUACAGCAGGACAUUCUCGAACGAUGAUGAGGCCGGAUCGAAACGACGCUUCUCGACACUGAAUCGAAUCCUCACUGCUGAAGGUUACGAUAUUGCGGAACUCUGGAGCAACAUCGACGAUGUGAUAGUGAAAACGGUGAUGAGUGCCUGGCCUAUGCUGAAACACACGUACACCGCCAGCUUCCCAACGCACGACAUCAUUCAGGCAUGCUUUGAGGUGCUCGGAUUUGACAUUCUCAUCGAUCACAAGCUAAAACCGUACGUGCUGGAGGUGAAUCACUCACCAUCGUUUCACACCGAUGAAGCGAUCGAUAAGGAGAUUAAGGAAGCACUCAUUGCGGACACCUUCGUUAUGCUUAAUCUCAAUGGUGAGGUGAAGAAGCGCGUGCUCGAGGAGGAUAAGCGACGGAUUCAGAACCGACUGUUGCAACGGCUGCGUGAUUAUUCCAAGCAAACGGGUAGUAAGGAGCAGCAGCAGCAGCAACAACAGCAGCAGCAACAGCAACAGUCACAGCAACAAGGCCGCGAAGCGAACGACCCGGACGAUGAUCCAUACGGGGAGGAUGGUAUGGGUCCGUGGGCUGAACAGAUCACCUGGGAGGAAACACAUCUCGGCGGAUAUCGGCGAAUUCUUCCAGCGCCCGGCGAUCCGAACCGUUACCUGCAGUUCUUUAUCGCACAAAGCCAAGCGUCGGUGUACAACGAAACGGCGGCCAGCAAGCGUCGGGAGGAGUGCGCCAAACAGCAGCGAAUCGAGCUCGAGGAACGCUUCCGACUGAAUCAAGCGAUCCUGCACAAGCACAAUCCAAAGCUGCAGAAGGGUGGGAUGGGAGCGGGUGAAGAUGGUGCCGGUGGGACUAUUGGUACCGGAGCUGGUGGAUCGUUGGCGGCGAAGAAGAAGAUCCGCAAGCGCAAGGUGUCGAAGGUGACGAAGAAGCACGACGAAUUCUCGCCCGAUCAGAUUGCGGAUUAUGAGGAGCGGGAACGGAUGGCGCUUCUGGGGCAGAGGGACUUUCUCAUACGUACCUGUGGGUUGGUGCAGAAUAUAUACAUCAACUUUCAUCGGAACAAGCUGCUAACCGAUUCCGAUCGCCGCAAGUACAAGGAAACGUACGCGAAGCUGAUCACCAACGAUCAUCUGCAGCAGUCCGAAGCGUCCCCUCUGUCCAACCACACGUUCUCCACCAUUCACAGUACUAGCACCGUGGCAGGUUCGACGUCCACAGGUGAACGCUUCGGUUACGGUGGUGGUGGCAGUAACAACAGCACCACCACCUGUCUGCCGAGCCUUCAGAAUGGUACCAACAACACAGCACAGCAGCAGCAACAGCAAAACUCUUCAAAUCAGCUGCAGAAGCUGCAAAUCAAAAGUCUGGUCGCGAUCAACGACGUUACCUCGUGGAUGCAGUGCACGGAAGUGCCGGUACAAAGUCGUCCACCGUUGCCGUACCUGUUGGCCACACAACCGACCAACUACCGUAGCACCAAAUCGACCAUGGCCCGACAGGUGACGAACGUGGUCAAGCGCCACAGCAUGGAAUCGCGCCAAUACUACACCUCGGACAAGCUUAUCUAGUAUUGACUCCGGCACGGCAUUAGUGGGCCGUGCGGUACAAACAAAAGCAACAACACUGCCGAUCCGAC